AUGGCUGCUGUGGCUAUUGGAUCAGAGCUGGCCCCUACAGUAGCAGUUGUCGCGUUCUGGAUGUCGGCCCAGGCUGCCACAACGGAGCUGAACACCAUCAAGCCAAAAGAUAGCAGGGCAAGAGGCUUCACGCCACCUCCAACCCGCAGUGCAAUUUCUGUGACCUGUCGCUACUGCAUGAGAUGCACCUACGGAGGCAUGCGCAAGAGGUCCAUCGGCUUCGUACCUGAGCUUCUUGCUUCGCGGCGCGUGUAA